AUGUCCAAUCUACCCACAUAUGGGUUUAUAAUCCUUGAUUUAGGACAGCAAAUAGUUCGAAGGAAUCAGAAGAACAAAAAUGGAAAGAAACGUAAAUUCAAAGCUGAUGCUGAGUUGGCUGAGUUCACGACCAACCUCCACCCCGAAACUGCCACCAUGAGACGGGAACACAUCAAAUUGGAUCUCUACCCAAAUUACCCACCUCUUGAUGACACAAAUGCGGGCCAGAGGGCAACCCAUCCCACCCCAGCCGACUUCAAAGCUGCUGAAGAACGAAUACUCAAAGAUUUCACCUUAAUCACUUACGGCCGACUUGCUCUGUAUGAACGUCCUCGAAAAUCCACCCCAAACACCAAACGGGAGGAAUAUUGCAUCCCAGUCAAGAACUCUGUGGUUACAAAUGAAUCAACUGAGCUGGACCAACCGAACAAUGAAUCAACUGAGCAGGACCAACCCAAAAAUGAAUCAACUGAGCCGGACCAACCUGAAAAUGAAUCAACUAAGCCGGACCAACCCAAAAAGCCUAAAUGUGCUUUCAUUGCGUAUAUUCAGUUCACACCAUCUGAGGAGCUCACUGAAGAGGACAAGCACGACCUCAACUCUAUAACCACAUUCCUACAUAACUCUCGAGGCUUUGUCAAACCUGUCAACCUCCUUCGCAAAAUCUUUCGCGGCCGGAUGUGGACGAUUGGCUGGCGCAAGUCGCAAACUACUGGUGAAAUGGCUGGGAGAUAUGUUGAUACAGACGGUAUCACCAAAAAACCCCUCGCCUAUCUAGAAAAUCUCAUUAACGGCAUUUCUGCAAGUGAUUUAAUACACAAGCUGUUUUAUUCCAUCUCAGAUGCCGCUGUGGAUGCAGCAAACGUGCUACUUACAUCCUUAGGCCUUCCAGGCUACUGUGAUCCCAACUUGAAGCGAUCAACAUCUAAUUGCUUUGCCUCCAACCUGGCUUUUACUCGAGAUGAAUUUUCCAACCGACCCCACUGCGACAGCGAUAAGACAAAAACAGCCUUUUUGUUACUUUCAAAUGUCAACAAAGCUAAUGGUUUGAUAGCCCUCACUAGUCAUCAAGAUCCUACCUUCACCGGACCUUUUUUUGUUUUUCCUCAUCACAGAGUGGCCAUUGACUUACGUAAAUUGAACGGCAUCUGCCGGGUGGUAUUUGAUGCUGUUGUUUUAGCAGCUUAG